AUGGCGACCUCAUUAACAGAGAAUACUGUUGGGGACAUUACAUUGUGUUCAAUUUGUUUCGAGAAAUUUAAAACACCAAGGUAUCUGCCGUGUAGUCAUUCAUUUUGUCAUGGAUGUUUAUCGUCCUAUAUUGUGAGCUUGUGUACAUCUACAGAACCACGUUUUGGCUUUAACUGUCCAUUGUGUCGAGAGUACACUCCAAGUAAUGGCGUUAUUGAAAAACCAGAAGAAUGGGCUGGGAGUUUUCCGGUAAAUGAUGUUUUAGAGAAAAUUGUUUUAAAGUCUGAUGAAAGGCUCUGUGAUUCCUGUUUACGAGAUAAUGAAUCCGAGAAUGCAACGGGCUUUUGUCUUUCUUGUACUGAAUAUUUAUGCAUAAUGUGCACAAAAUAUCACAAGAGACAUUUACUUUCAAGAGACCAUACAAUAUGCAGCAUGGACGAGGUGAAAUCGAGAAAUAUACUCCCAGAAUUCGAAAAAAAUAUCAGAUGUCCCGAACACAAUAAAAAGAUCAAAUUGUUCUGUAAUGACCACGAGGAGCCAUGCUGCCUAAUGUGCAUUGGGACGAAACACAAGAAAUGUGAAAACGUAGACUCCAUUGAAGUUUCUGCUGCGUCUAUCAGAGAAAAUGGCAAACUGGAUACUAUGUUAGAUGAGGCUAGAGACAUUGAAAAAAAAUUAAUGGAAGGUAAGAAUGCUCAUGAUAAAAACACAAAAGAACUAGAAGACUUUGCCGACAAAGUUACUGAACGUAAUGAAAAAGAAUUCAAGGACAUUGUGGAUCACAUAGAAAAAAUGAAAAAUAAAUAUUUAGAAGAUGUUGCAGUCGCUGUCAAAAAAGGCAAAGAAAAUAUUAACAAAACCACAAAUUCAAUCACAGAUGGUAUUCAGUGUGCAAAAUACUAUUGUGAAAUUAUUGAGAAGACCAGAGAUAUGAAGGACAAUGCAGCAAUGAUUGUGAACUAUUUUAAAACGAAGCAAAAUAUUUCAAAAAUGCGACAUUUUCACUUUACAAAGAAGAACAUUGAGAUCUUUGAAAAGAACGCAUCAGUUCUAAAACAAAUAUUGGAUGUAACAUCUCUUGGUGAUGUUGAGUAUCAUGAGUCAGAGCAUAGUCUUUUUUUGUUUAACGUAAGAACCAUGAAACUAUCUUUUCUCUCAGAAGUUAGAAUUGCUGGAGAUGUUGUACAUUGUGGAACUUUUCUGUCAGAUGGUAACUUUGCAAUCGCAGACUUUAGAACUGAUGGAAAGUGCUCCAUAUAUGGAAAAACUUGGGAUCACUUGAAAGAUAUAGGUGGACUAAGUAAUCCCUUUGGUGUGAUCCAAAAUAAAGAUGAACUUUUUGUGACAUGUACUGAAACAAGGUCUAUUGAAGUAUUUUCUGCUUUGAAUUUUGACAAAGUGCGUUCUAUUCCGAUGAACGAGUCUGUUUAUGGUAUAUCAAGUCUUAAUGGAGAAUUUUACAUAGCAUGUGUAACGAAAAUCAUUAAAACUGAUGUUGAUGGGAAAAAGAUCAAAGAGUAUGAAGCCGAAGGUCAAAAUAAUAUUUGCGUAGUUGUCACAAAAGAUGGACUGAUAAUAUACAGUAACUGGAAACUUCAUUUAGUGACAGCAAUUACAGAUCAGGGAGACAUCGCAUGGACGUAUGAAAAUCCGAACAUGAGAGAACCAAGGGGACUUGAAAAAGAUUCUUAUGGCAACAUUUUGGUUGCUGCAAGAAGCAGUAAUAAUAUUCAUGUCUUGUCUAGUGCUGGAGAACUUCUUAAGACUUUUGAAGGUAUUCCUAAACCUGUCUUUAUGAAAAUAAGUGAAGAAAGAAACGUUUGCUGUGUGUGCAGUGACUAUAAAAUUGUAAAGGUGUAUAAAAUGUCAGGCUCGUAG